AUGGAUCCCUUGAGCAUCGCAACGAAUGUGCUCCGAAUCAUUACGACUUUCCUCGGAGCUGCCAAAGGCCUCAACGACAUACGGAACAAAUGGAAGCACGCGCCCGUUACCGUGCGAUUCCUCUGUUCCCAGCUCAAACUCAAUGGGACCUUACUUUCGCGGCUGCAGGCACUACUUCUUGACGAAACGAAUGCUGUGCACGCGGACCCAGACUUGGUCGAUACGCUCGAUACGACUCUGAUAAGCUCUCUCGAGCUGGGGGUAUGCCUCGGGAAGUACGUGUCGAAGAUCAUGAAGGGCGUCCAUGGCGAUGGUAGCAUGAGCUCGAAAGCCAAAUUCAGGACUCUGUGGAAUGAGGAUGAAGUCAAGGACUUUUUGGAACGGCUGCAUCAACAGUAUUCUGCGAUCAACACGUUGAUCGGCCCGCUGAACAGGGAUUCUUCGACCGAGAGAAAGAAACCCCUUAAGGAAAAGGAACAAAGCAAGACGAUGCGAACAAUGAACGAACACACCCAACACAUGCGAAAGGCUUAUGCCCUCACAGUGGCGGAGUCUACAUUCAAAACCGAAGAUUCCCCUAGCAGUCUCUUGAGCAAUCUCUCCACCCUUGUCGGUCCUACUGACGGCUCUUCCGAACAACACUUCGAAUCUGUCCUCUCGAACUCCAGAGUAUACAAGAAAGCUUCUAACGCAGCUAUGAGCCGGCGACCGAAUACCGAUUUCGACAAUGCAAGCAUGAGGACUAAUCAUUCUACAACUGCAGAGAUUGGCGACCCGGACUUCAUUACCGACCCCUCAAACACGGAAGAAGACACUGCUACUACAAGGCCUAUAAUUGUUCAUAUCUGUGAUCCUGUUCAUAGGGCGAGCAGAAAUCUCAAUGUUGCAGGCGUAACGGGUAUUUGUACCGAAAGCUAUCCUACCCAAGAGCCCGGGAAGUUGAGUUAUAAGCCCCACGACCGGAUACAGAACUUACGGAAGGUAGAUGCGGCGUGGUGGUACGGCGCUACUGAACCUCCAGAAAAUGUGCCUGAAAACCGUGGGAUAAUUCUUCGUCGAGACUUUUACCCUGUUUACAGGCUUAACGAAUGGAAACCUGCAUACACCGGCAGAAGCAUGGGCACCGAAGCCGUCGGCGAGUGUUGGUUGCGCUAUGAAGAGGGAGAUCGUGUGGAAUUCGAUACCAUCACGCUGGGUCAAACGACAUAG